AUAAUUCAUUUCAUCCGUAGCCGGCGACAGACACAUGUUCAUAGUCGUACGGCCUAGUUCCCGCCAUUUUUUCCCACCUUCAUCCUCAAAAAUCCUUCGACAUUGUCGAAUGUUGAAAAUCUCUCCUCUUUCUUCCUCUUGCUUUCUCACUCUUCGCCCACUCAACACCACCAUUUUCUCCUCCACUUUCUCUCUCCUCAAUUUCCCUAUAAAUUUCAAGCUUCGAGCCAUGUCUUCUACUCCUCCUUCUUCUACUCCACCCUCUUCUACUCCUCCUUCUUCUUCUUCCGUUUUGGCAGCUAUGAUGGACAAAGCUCGAGAAUCUUCUAAGAAGAAAACCCCAUCCCCUAAUAAAAAAAACCCCAAAACUUCUUCUUCUUCCCCAAAGAAACGAAAAACCCUAGACCCAUCUCCCCCAAUUCCAGAAAACCCUAACCCCACUUCGAUUUCUGUUGAGAAACCCCAAGAAUCCAAUUCAGUGGUAGAAAUGGGUACCCAAAAGCCUGAAUUGAAAAACCCUUUUGCCAAGAAACCUAAGGUUGAUCUUAAUGUGGAUGAAUUUGUUGCUAAUUUGAAGAUUAAACCGGCGAAAUUCGAACCCAAUUUGGCGGCGUGGUGGGGGGAUGGUGAUAAAGUUCCUUUUCUUUUUCUUGCUAGGGCAUUUGAUAUGAUUAAAGGCGAAUCCGGUAGGAUUGUGAUUACUGAUAUUACUUGUAAUGUGUUGAGGACUGUCAUUGCAAAGACUCCUGAUGAUCUUUUGGAGGUUGUUUAUCUUUUGGCCAACAAGAUUGCUCCUGCUCAUCAAGGUUUGGAGCUCGGAAUCGGUGAUGCUACGCUUAUUAAGGCGCUUGCCGAGGCUUGUGGAGCUACUGAAGCAAAUGUUAAGAAGUUGUACAAGGAUUUAGGUGAUCUCGGGGAUGUCGCCAAAGAAAUCCGUUCUAAGCAAAGUAUGAUGCGGCAACCUCCACCACUGACCAUUACCAAAGUAUUUAAUACAUUCCAGCUCAUUGCCAAGGCAUCCGGGAAGGAUAGUCAAGAAAGGAAAAAGAAUUAUAUCAAGUCACUUAUUGUGGCUGCCAAAGAUUGUGAACCUGUUUACUUGAUGCGGCUACUUCAGGCAAAAUUGCGGAUUAGUUUGGCAGAGAAAACUCUUCUUGUUGCCCUGGGACAAGCUGCUGUGUAUUCCGAAGAGCAUUCAAAGCCCCCGUCAGAUAUUCAAUCUCCACUAGAAGAAGCUGGAAAGAUUGUCAAACAAGUAUACUCUGUGGUUCCUGUGUAUGAUAAAAUUAUCCCUGCCCUUCUCAGUGAUGGUGUAUGGAAUCUAUCAAAGACCUGUAACUUUACACCAGGUGUUCCUAUAGGACCUAUGUUAGCGAAGCCAACAAAUGGAGUUUCAGAAAUUAUAGAUAAGUUUCAAGAUAUGGUAUUUACUUGUGAAUACAAGUAUGAUGGAGAACGUGCUCAAAUUCAUUUCAUGGAAGAUGGUUCUGUUGAGAUAUACAGCCGAAAUGCUGAAAGGAACACGGAGAAAUUCCCUGAUGUCGUUACUGCUCUUCCAAGAUUCAAGAAGCCAUCAGUAAAGUCUUUUAUUUUGGACUGUGAAAUUGUUGCUUAUGAUCGUGAGAAGCAGAAGAUUCUUCCUUUUCAGAUACUUAGCACCCGAGCUCGCAAAAAUGUCAAAAUGAGUGAGAUAAAGGUUGAUGUUUGUGUCUUCGCUUUUGACAUAUUGUAUUUGAAUGGAAUGCCACUUCUCCAGGAACAGCUUAAUGUUCGUAGAAAGCAUCUUUAUGAUUCAUUUGAGGAAGAUUGUGGAUAUUUUCAGUUUGCGACAAUACUCACAUCUAAUGAUAUCGAGGAAAUACAGAAGUUUCUUGAAGCAUCUGUCAAUGCGAGUUGUGAGGGGUUGAUUAUCAAAACAUUGGAAAAAGAGGCCACCUAUGAGCCUUCAAAGAGAUCUAAUAACUGGCUUAAAUUGAAAAAGGAUUACAUGGACAGCAGUGUUGGAGACUCUCUGGAUCUGGUGCCUAUUGGAGCAUUCCAUGGCCGUGGGAAACGAACAGGUGUUUAUGGUGCUUUUCUUCUUGCUUGCUAUGACAGUAACAAUGAAGAGUUCCAGAGCAUAUGCAAGAUUGGUACUGGUUUUUCUGAGGCAGUGCUUGAGGAACGUUCUUCCAGUCUUCGAUCUAAAGUGAUUUCGAUUCCUAAGACAUACUUUCGGUAUGGAGAUAACCUGAAACCGGAUGUCUGGUUUGAGCCCUCUGAGGUAUGGGAGGUCAAAGCAGCUGACUUGACUAUUAGUCCUGUCCACCGUGCUGCAGUUGGUAUUGUAGAUUCUGACAAGGGAAUUUCACUCCGAUUUCCACGUUUGGUUCGUCUUAGAGAAGACAAAGCUCCAGAGGACGCCACAUCAUCUGAUCAGGUGGCAGAAAUGUACAGAUCUCAAGCAAACACUCCACACCGCAAAAUGAAAGAUGAUUUGGAAGAAGAGGACUGAUACUCUGUUCCUUUUUCCCUAAAUUGGUGCUAGUCUUCUGUUUGAAAUGCACAUGCAUUCACAUGCUGCUUCAUGAGCAUCUCGUUGAGGACUCAUACUGGUUGAAAGAAAAUCCCUUCAAAAUCAAGCAGAAACUCUGCUCAUGUACGGUUCAAAGGCCGAGGCAUACUUGUUCAAUAUAUCAAGAUGCCGAGGCUUUACUGAGUUACGAUACAUAGAAGACACAAAGUGCACCCACUAGUCCAAUCCACAGCAGUAGAUUGGACUACCAUUUGAUCAGAUUUUAACAAUGUCUGGAAUUCAUUACCAAAGUUAUGAAUCUGAAAAUACAAUGGGGUUCUUGGAUUUUUGUAGUUAUAGCAACCAUGUUUACUUUGGUAUCACCAACCCUUUCUGCUUUUGGCAUACAUAUGAUUUGUAAUCUACGACGGAAUGUACAUACAGUGUUUCUGAAUUGGAGUGAUUAUGAAAGUGUACUUGGUUAUUGCUGUAUUUUUUACCUGUAAUGAAGUUUUUCGGGAAUAACUUUAGGAUGCUGUACACGGGUGUACCGUGUGCCUGCUUGUUAGAAAUCUACCAGUUGUAUUGUCAAGGCCGUUAAUGACUAAUGAGAGUAAUUUUGUUGACUAAACACCCAUUGAUGAAUAGUUAAACAACUUCAAUUUUGUUUA